CGUUGGGAAGAUGGCGUCGGGGCUGAGUGGAAGCGGCGGCGGGGAGAACCGGCUGGUGUCGCUGCCCUUGUCCCGGAUCCGAGUGAUCAUGAAGAGCUCGCCGGAGGUGUCCAGCAUCAACCCGGACGCCAUUUUCCUCAUCGCCAAAGCCACGGAGUUGUUUGUCCAGUAUUUAGCAACACAUUCCUACAAACAUGGCCAAGGCAAGGAGAACAAAGCCUUAACCUACAGUGAUCUAUCUCGCACAGCAGAGAAGUCGGAGACGUUUCAGUUCCUUGCAGAUAUCUUGCCAAAGAAAAUCUUAGCUAGCAAGUAUCUGAAGAUGCUUGAGAGAGAGAAGGAGGGAGAGCAGGAGGAAGAGGAAGAGGAAGAGGAAGAAAGUAGUGAAAAUGAAGAAGCAUCUUGAGUGUGACAAGACUGAUUCUACUGCGCAUUAACUUUAGAAACUCGUGCUGUCUCUAGCAAGCAGAUAUCUAAGCUAGUGGAUUCUCAGCACAUGAGGACUGACAAGUUUGCACAAGCAAAUACUAUAGUAUAUGCCAGAAAUUAAGAUGGGACUGACUGACCUAGACCUCACAUCUUGCUGUGUGGGAAGGAGGUUGUCUUAAGCUAUAGCUUUUUGCUGUAUCUGCUAGACAAAUGUAGAUUCACUAUCCAGUGGAUACUCUCCUUUCAAUAUAGAAGUUAAUCUCUGUUCACAUUGGGUGACUCUAUAGUCAAAUAUGCAGAGUAAUUUUUGUUUAUUUAUUCAACAUGCCAGAAUUAUGGCUAUCCUUUCCUAUUAGCUGGGGAAGGGAACCCUCCUCUGUAGCUGCUGCACAGACUAACCUGGGUUCUGUCACAAUGCAGUUUGUGCAACCUCGUUGGGAAUUAAAACAGGAAGCUGGUUUUCCAUUGCCAAUUUCUGAUUGUAAAAAUGAGUGUGGUGUUCAGGGUGGGGGCAGCAGCGUCCCACUGCCUCAUGUAAAUAUGUAUAUUUUCAAGGUCGUUAACUAUAUAGGUUUAAAUAUAUACAAGUUAGAACAGCCUUGUUUUGAAAGAUGACAUUUGGCCAGCGAGAUUCAUUACUGUUUGAAACAGCUGUAUAUUUUUUUAGUGGAAACAUUUGAAUGCUUACUUUAUAUAAGAUCUUUUA